AUGGGUGACAGUAGUGAUUCAGAAGAAUUUUUCGACGCUGAAGAGUUCACGCCCGUGAAGGGAUCAAAAAGAUCAUCAAUAUGUAAGAAUAUAAAUGUGACAGAAACCCCUAAUGGUGUGGAAACAGAGAAGGAUAAAACACCCAGUAAACCUGAUGGUACCAUAACAGCUACAAGUACUCCAAUAGAAACUGUAGUGCAAGAUGAUAGGAAUACUGUAAAAAAUGUUGUGCAAGGUCGUAGACGGUUUCAAGAGCUACGACGAUGUAUGCAGACUGAAGAAGAGGAUGAGCCUGAUGCUGGUGCUCCAAUGUCUGCGCCUAUGGAACAUCCCUUCAAGAUAAUAUCCCACGAUACCAUGAGCCUGCAAAGUAUGACGUCACUCGGCAGAAUCGGAAGGAUAUUAAGCGGUGCAGCAGAUUCACAUCAAAAUAUCAGAGAAUCAACGCUGGCACCGUCCGUGUCUUCUAGAGAGCCUUCGACUAUAUCCGAUGACCCUAUGUCGGUAGAUAGAAAUCAAACAGUCGUGUUAGCAAUGGCCGAACCCGACGUGAUAGCGAGUACUAAAGCUAACAGCCUAAAGCAAAGCCGGGGUUCCCCCGUCGCCACCGUGGCGGUGUCCGGCGCCCGCCCGGAGCCGCGCCCGGCCAGCGUGUCCGGGCCGGUCGCGCCGCCGCGCAAGAAGAAACGAAACAAACUGCACGGCUCCCAGUCCCUCUCGACCACGGACGGGGAUAAUCUCAGUGUGUGCACGGACACGGAUGAACUGAGAUAUGGACGGGAUAAACCCCAUGUUGAGACGUUAUUGGUUGAGCAAUCGUUAUCAAACACAACAGCGAGUCAAACAAUGGCGUUGCCGAGUCCAGCCAGUACGAUCGAGUCUUUGACAAGGGAAUUUCAGGAUUCCCUCGAAUUAUCACAGUCUAAAUAUGCGGAGCUGACGUCGCUGGGCGCGCGCGAGCCCCGCGACCGCCCGCACCACUCCACAUUGGAUAUAAAGGAAGCUGUCAAAGGUGAUUACGUAGUGCGUCCCACGGACGAGGAGAGGGCGCGCGGCGCGGGCGGCGCGGGGGCGGGCGCGGGGGCGGGCGGCGCGCGCACGCACAGCGAGAGCCGCGCGCCCACCGGCACCGCCAGCCUCGGCUCCGCCACCAGCCGGCGCUCGGACGGCAGCCGCGCGCGGCGGCGCUCGGCCGGCGACUCCCCGCGCGGCGCGCCGCUCUCCGACAUCGAGAUCCUGGAGCAGGUCACCGUGCUCAACCUCGACACGGCGCGGCUGUCCUCAGGCGAGCGCAUGCCGCUGUCCGUGGCCGAGCACAAGCUGCCGCAGUGCAUCAACCCGCUCAGCCUGCACAUCAUGCGCCUCACCUCCGAGUACAUCGGCCGCGCGCACGACGACGAACACACCAGAGAGACUGACGAAGAAAGCGAGAGUGUUUGUGUCGGCGGCGUUGAAGACGAAACUAAAGAGACGAAAAAAGAAGGCACCGACAGACAGACUACAGCUAUUAAGAGAAAAACUGAGAAACUGAUGCGCGCUGAUCUAGUGAAGUGUCAUUCUCAAGACAACAUAAACAUCAGAUUAAAAAGAUUUUUCGGGAGUACUGUCAAAAAGACCGUGGACGCGGCUAAGUCUUUGGCUCAAGAAGUGUCUCACGCGCGGCACAAAGAAGACGUGGCAGAUAUAGUGGAUGAUGUUCGAGGUGAACAUAAUAUUAAACUGAAAGCCUCAAAUUCGCACAAAGGGCCCUAUGACUUCGAUGGAUGUGUUAGAUAUGUACAGGAAAUGGGGUCGGCUCACUCCGGCGCGGUGUGGUGCUGCAAGUUCAGCGUGUGCGGCCGCCUGCUGGCCACCGCCGGGCAGGACAAGCUGCUCAGGAUUUGGGUCACCAGGGACGCUUAUGAAAUGUUCCAAGACAUGCGCACAAAGUACAACGCCAAACAGAAAUCCUCCCCAACUCCCUCUCAGGAGUCCCUAUCUUCCCUCGCACCCCCUCCCUCCCCUGAAGACCCUCCUCUCACUCCCUCUGCUCCCUUCUGUCCUAAACCUUUCUGUAUCUAUUCUGGACAUACAUCAGACCUUUUAGACGUAUCAUGGUCGAAAAAUAACUUCAUUUUAUCAAGUUCCAUGGACAAAACGGUCAGGCUAUGGCAUAUCUCAAGAGGGGAAUGUUUAUGUUGCUUCCAACAUAUAGACUUUGUUACGGCGAUAGUCUUUCAUCCGAGGGAUGAUAGGUACUUCUUGUCCGGGAGUCUCGAUGGGAAGCUGAGGCUAUGGGAUAUUCCAGACAAAAAGGUAGCAGUAUGGAACGAAGUGGACGGCAAAACGAAACUAAUAACCGCAGCGAACUUCUGCCAAAACGGCAAAUUCGCAGUCGUCGGUACAUACGAUGGUCGAUGCAUAUUCUAUACAACCGACCAACUAAAGUACCACACACAGAUAGACGUCAGAUCUACCCGCGGAAAAAACUCUACAGGACGAAAAAUUAGCGGGAUAGAACCGAUGCCUAAUGAUGAUAAAAUACUAGUGACGUCCAACGACAGUCGUAUCCGCUUGUACGAUCUCCGAGACUUGAAUCUAUCCUGCAAAUACAAGGGAUACGUGAACGUGUCAAGUCAAAUCAAAGCGUCAUUUUCCCAUGAUGGCAAAUAUAUUGUUAGUGGGUCAGAAAAUCAGUGUAUAUAUAUUUGGAAGACGUGUCACGAUUAUUCUAAGUUCACUUCCGUUAGACGGGAUAGAAAUGAUUUUUGGGAAGGCAUUAAGGCCCAUAAUGCUGUGGUCACCUGUGCGGUGUUCGCUCCCAACCCAGACCAUAUGAUACGUAUGAUUACAGAGAGAGAAGAGAAGAUGAAUGUCAAUAGAGAUGAUAGAGAUGAUGUUAAAGCCGCAGACGCGGGCAUGGUGUCGUCCUCGCAGACCGGCCACGUGCUGGUGAGCGCGGACUUCAACGGCUGCAUCAAAGUGUUCGUCCACAAGGCCAAGCCCAAGCACAGCUCCCUGCCGGCCUCUGCUCUGGCU